CCACACGGAGAGAAGCUUCCUCCAUCAUCACCAUCAUCCAGAAGAGAACUCCUAUUUUCUCAUUUUCAUCCUUGUAGAGGACACCAAAAAUUCCGCAGGGCUGAGAUCCUUUGGCGAAGACUGUAUUUUUUUCCUUUUUUUAUUUUUUUUUCUUUUACUUUUUGCUCCUAAUAUUACAUAAAGGCCAUAUAAUAAUAUAAAGGCCCAAGAGCGCAGAGAGAGACUUCCGCUUCAAGACCUGUGAAAAGAAGGACCUAGAUUUCUUUCAUUGUACGUCAAGAAUGGUUACUCAGAUAAUCAGCACCAUGGAAACUCAGGUGUCCAACGGUCCAAGCGGAACCAGUCUGCCCAACGGCCCAGUCAUUAGCACAAAUGGCUCCACAGAUGACAGCAAAACCAACUUGAUUGUCAACUAUCUGCCUCAGAACAUGACCCAGGAAGAAUUCAAAAGUUUGUUUGGUAGCAUCGGAGAGAUUGAGUCCUGCAAGCUUGUCAGAGACAAAAUAACAGGUCAAAGUUUGGGAUAUGGUUUUGUAAACUAUGUGGAUCCAAACGAUGCAGACAAGGCUAUCAACACACUAAAUGGUCUCAAAUUGCAGACUAAAACAAUCAAGGUAUCAUAUGCCAGGCCAAGCUCAGCUUCCAUCCGCGACGCCAACCUUUAUGUGAGCGGACUCCCCAAAACCAUGAGCCAGAAAGACAUGGAGCAGCUGUUCUCCCAGUAUGGUCGCAUCAUCACAUCCCGCAUCCUCGUGGACCAAGUUACAGCAGGCAUAUCACGGGGAGUGGGCUUCAUCCGGUUCGACAAGCGAAAUGAGGCAGAGGAGGCCAUCAAAGGACUGAACGGGCAGAAGCCCUUGGGAGCCGCCGAGCCAAUCACCGUCAAGUUUGCCAACAACCCCAGCCAGAAGACAGGCCAGGCCUUACUGACGCAGCUGUACCAAACGGCUGCCCGCCGCUACACGGGGCCCCUGCACCACCAGACUCAGCGUUUCAGUGUGAUCCCUUCACUUGGAAAGGGACCAGAUCCAAAUAGCAGCUCAAACACAAUACUCGACAAUUUACUAAACGCCAGCUACGGAGUCAAGAGUUCUCCUCCUCUCUUUCCCAGAUUCUCACCCAUCACCAUUGACAGCAUGACCAGUCUGGCCGGGGUCAACCUAACCGGCCCCACUGGAGCCGGCUGGUGCAUCUUCGUCUACAACCUGUCCCCCGAAGCGGACGAGAGCGUCCUGUGGCAGCUCUUCGGGCCCUUUGGCGCCGUCACCAACGUCAAAGUCAUCCGUGACUUCACCACCAACAAAUGCAAGGGCUUUGGCUUCGUCACAAUGACCAACUACGACGAGGCCGCCAUGGCCAUCGCCAGUCUAAACGGCUACCGCCUGGGCGACCGCGUGCUGCAGGUUUCCUUCAAAACCAGCAAGCAGCACAAGGCCUGAAGGAGAGGCCGCUAGUGCCAGCUGGUUCAACCUGCAGGAGGACGUACCUGCGCCAUCACUCAACAUGGGCCUGGACUGAGUCUCUCUGUCUUUCUCUCUCUCUCUCUGACAUACGCUCACACAAAACCCAGAAAAACACAGACACGCAGAUGCACAUGAACAUGCACACACGAACCACGCAGACAUACCCGACGACAGAUAAGUCAGAGUUUCAAACAAACACACUAGUGGAGUUCUUUCUUUUCUCUUUACACAACUUGCUAGUCUUUCCCUAUAUUUGCCUGGAUUGAAUUAGAAAGGAUAGGUAGCUGGGUUUUUAAUCUUGAAGGGGCGGGGGGCAAUGGGGGAAGAGCUUUCUAUUUAGGAGACAGUCUAACGAAUGUGACAGAGAAUGUGUACUGAGUGCUUUGAUUGAAUUCAGGCAAAUAAUGACAACUGACGAACAAAAUUAUCAACGAAAAAAAAAGAAAAUAUGUGCAAUUUACCUAAACUCUUACCCCACCAUCUCUCCCAUUAUCCUGCUGGAGGGGAUGUAGUCACUUUUUUUACACUUGGGCAUUUUAAAUCAGUGAUUUUUUUAGAUCAAAGAAAAUGAAACUAAAAACAGUGUUCUCUUAUAUACGUCUAUUAAAAUAUUACUAUAUAUUCAAUAUUUAAGGUGGUUAUAAUAGCCGAGUAUGUAAGCAUUUUCUAGAAACUUUGACUACUGUUUCCUGACCUGCGUUAGGUGGUGCCUCGCUUCAAGGCCUUUUUCUCUUAUAUAUCAGAGCUUGUCGGCUCCGACCCAACAUGAUUUAGCGCGAUAGUCGAUGAAAAUAGCAGUUCAAAGGCCAUCACUUCGAUCCACAAAGUCUCACAGGAACUAUCACAAUAGAACAGUAACGUAUCACAGAAACACAGAUCAGUUAUAGAAAGAUUUACACAUAUUUAGUCCUCUGAAGCUGUAUUUUCUUUUGUCUUAAUCUCAACCGCACGAUACGUUGAAUACAGGCAGACCGUCUGUGAACUUCGAGCAGAGCAGCAGCGCUCCCAUGGUGACGACGUUCAUUAGUAAUUCUCUGCUGGGCGAGAGAGUGAUGAGUGUGAGGGGAAAAACUGUUUCAUCAUCACACAGCUGCCACAAAAAGGAAAAAUACUGGUGUUUUUUUUACUCUUUGGCCGACUUGCAAAAGAAGUUUUCUUGCGUCGAAGGUCGUUGUGUGUUCCGCAAUGCCUUCCUACCAACCUUUUGCAGCUAAGAGAAAAUGCAAACACAAAGCCACUGACAGGCAGGUUUGUUUCGUUACACCUGGAUGUUUCCGCUCUUAGCAUAGUUAGAAGAAAAACAAGAGCACGCUUGAAGCAGCACAUCUUCUAUAGUCAUGUGAGGCCCGCAAAGAGGCAAAACCGUGAGAUUCACUAGUAUUUUUCCUGUUUCUUAAAGAUAAAAGCUGCUUUUCUGUUGUUGAAACUGAACCUACACAGAUUGGACUACUGACAACUGACAAGAGUCAUAUAUGAACACAUAUCCAUUAAGCCGAAAGACUACCUUCUUUAGCCUUUUUAAGUGGAAAAAGUGACAUGUUUCUUUCCGUCAAAGCCAGUCUCGUCUUCUUAAAGCUUCCUGGUAACUAAACUCUGAAACGUGACGGUACAUCAACCUCGCGAUGAAGUGUCAUAGUUGCACUUUUGAUCACAAAAUAGCAUUUACCAAGUUUCUUCAGAUCAGUUCGGUGCAACAACAAAAAUAGCUGGUGAUUAAAAUAUCCCCAACCCAGGAGCAUUGGGAUUAUUUAUGGCACCCUUGAUGAAACAAUAAGGCCCAGCCCGUCUCGUCGAAGUGUCUGCUGCAGCCCAGAUUUUUGAUGUACCAUGUGGAGAGCGAGUGUCUUUUAAUAUCGAGACACAGGCGCAAGACGAUGCGUUAAAUAAGGUCAGCUAUAUUCAAGUCAUUUUUGCUUUUCUAAGUGACGCUGUGUUAGCCAAAGAGGACGGUCUCUUUGAAAAGGAUUACAUUAGAGAUAAUCUAUUUUUAUACAUACAAAGGAACAAGACCUUGUGCUGAAUUUUUACAGAUUCUUAAGCUUGGAAAAAAAAAUAAAUUGGGACAUCGCGUGGCUUUGUUCAAAACCCUCUGAUCUUUGCAGAGCAAGAGGGAAGAAGCCCGCGAUGUAUGGGUGGGGAUCUGGGGAAGGGGCGAAGGAACCACGCAUCUCACACGAACCUAACCGUUUGAAAAUAGACCUGGCGAACACAAAUCUGACCCAAAAGCAGGUACAUUUAUACAGCCAGGCCACAACCAGACAGACAUCUGUAUUUCCGAGUGAUUAGACGCACUCAGCAUCUCUUGUCUUGAAAUUGUGUAUAGUGUUGCUUCAACAACGGAAGUUCUUUGACCUGAAAAUCCCAGACAGAGCUGCAGUGAGAUUGGCUUGCUGCCCAGCUCUAAAACUGAAGAAGCUGCUUGCAGAUUGACAACAAAAAAAAGAUUCAAAAAGUGCUGGUGAUUCACAUUGAAAAUCCUUACGAUGAGAUAGAUUAGAUUUUUGCCAAAGAAUUGCUUCGCAAGUCAGUACUAAGAAGGAUAAACUUUCUAUGAUAUCCCCACAUAACUGCUGUAAAAAUCUAUGUUAUUUGUUGAGUGAGGACCCUCGAUAAUUUGAGUUGGAAUUAAUUUUGAACAUAUAUUGUAAGUUGCGCAUAUCAAUUUCCAUCUCUGAAUUAAAACAACACCAUACUAAACGCUAACAUCGACUACAUUUGCACACAUAUCAUGCAGUAUGAAAAAGGCAUUUAUUAAAAAAAAAAAGGGAUGACUCAACUUACCUUGUGACCAAGGCAAAAGAAAAAACACAUCCACCUAUUUCCCCUGACAUUCAAAUCACCCGUUUUAUCUUUAUCUUUUAGAACAUUGCAAAUACUUUUCGCUGACUUUUGUUUUUGUUUUAUUUGAUCUGACUCAUACUGUUUCUGCCCCACAAUGUUGAUUGAUGUUGUCCACAGCUAAUCACAUAAAGGUCUAAUCUAGCUCAUUAGGUUCUUGCAAGUGAUAGCAUAUUAAGUUUGAGCACGUGAUGAGGCCAGUGAUAGAUAUUAAAGCAAAAAAACAGGCCACGCUGAACCGCAGCAUGGGCGGAUCUACGGGGUGGGGCAGGGGGGGCAAAUGCUUCCAUGCUGUAGAACCUUACCACCACAGCUGACCCCUAACUUUUAUUUCUUCAAAAAUCACACUUUUAAAAUCUAAUUGCUUGUUUGUCCAAAAACCUCUUAUCUUUAUUGUUUUAUAUUUCAAAUGAAAUAUAAAAUCGGCAAAAUUGUAUUAUCGUAAAUAUGGCUUCAAGUCCCAUUAAAAAACUUAGCUAUGGUUCUGCAUCAAACACUGUUUGCUUCCCGCUCCGUGCCGAUGUGACACAGGCGCAUUUUUAUGCAACCCAGCAGAGUGGGGUCACUGGGUAUGAUUUGUGGGAGCAUUAGCAUAUUUCCCUAGUUAGUUUUGCUUACAAUAAAUGCGUCAUGAGGAGUUUUGAUGUGAAAAAAAUUAGGGGGGCUGCUACUUCGGGGUCUGAAGUUUAACUGAAAGUUCCAUAUGAUCAAUAUCACAGCAAUGAGACCGUAUCAUUAAACCACGAUACAUCUUCACUGUCAGAGUUGGAAAACAACAAAUAAGCUACAAUGAGAACAAGACGUCUAUAUAUAGUCACUGCUUGUGGGACUUUUGUGAAUGUGACAAAUCAUUUCUGGUUUCAUAUUGGGGAUUAUCACAUACUUCACUGAGGAGGUCGGGAAUUGCCACUGUCCCCCCCCUCCCCCCUACCUCCCACCCAAUACAAAAAUUUCUAGAUCCGCCACUGAACUGCAGCCAUGUUAAAGUCCAAAAAUGACCUCCCAAUCCGGGUCCAUGUGGAGACCUACACCUGAUGUUUGGCAGAGAGCCGAGGACUAUGGCAGGAAACAGUACUACACUGCUUGAGCAACAACAAUAAUCGUUUUAAAAAAGACAAAAAAACUUUCCUAUGGAACAGUAAGUGCAAUGUGCUUUGUUUUUAUAUUGACUGAGAACAAAUGAUAUAUAUUUUUAAAAAAAGAAAAAGAAACGUCACACUGAAAAGGUUUGCGGAAAAGCAAGAAGAGCAACUGUUCAGGCGAAAGCGAUUAAAUCGAACAGACGCGUUACCGAAUCAGACAAAGAAUGAGAGCUCUGCUCUUCAAAUCGUUCCACGAUCACUUCCUCGGUCCCUAUUUCGUGCUCUGUCCACGCAAGCUCAAAACUGCAUAUUUGGCUGACUUUGACAGAGCUCUUCUCAAUGACUUUGAAAGGAAAAUUGUCUAACAGAACAUGAGUUUUAGCCCACGUCAAUUUCAACUAUCAUUUUCUUGUAAUUUCUUGAUUUUAUUUACAUAUCAGGACUCACUUGUUAACUUGGUGUAUUUGUGUUGUUGAUGUUGCCAUAGAGAACACACAUGGGUCGAAGAUUACGUUUUGGUUGCAUCAAUUGGGAACACUUUGUUAUUUUUCUUCCAUUUUAUUAGUUGCAGUUUUCUACAGUGUAUGCAGAUUUUAGACUUAGUUAGAUUUCUUUUGUUUCAAUCAAACUGUGUUCAAUUGUGUUUGUAAAGUCUGUGGUAGCUUUUGUUGCAACAUAAAAAUAAUUUAAACUGAAAAAAUUCAAAAUAGCGCCAACAAACUUGUAUUAUUUGGGCGACUUUAAGCUUGUAGUUUUAACUUAUUGUUAACUUAAAAACUAUUUAUUAUGAUUAUUAUUAUUAUUAUUGCCUCGUAUAAAGUAUGUUUUGUGUAUAUUUAUGGUUUAUUUCAUUAUAUUUGCAAGUUUAAAAGAUUUUAAGUUUGCCAAAAUUGUGGUUACACCAUUUUGUUUCUUAAAAAGGGGGACAAAUAGAAAAACAGCUUUAGAAGUACGAUUUGGAAACGUUCUCCAUAGUCAAAGAAUGCACUGCUAUAUUUAACUAAUUGAAGUGUAUAAACAUACAUGCUGUGUGCUAGAUGUUAUGCCUUUACUGCCUGUGUUCUGUUUGUCUUGUUAAAUGAAAAUCUUUUAAUUAUUUAACCUAAUCACAGUCUUGUUUUUUCCAACCACUCUGUGAACCCCUGAGAGAUGAAGGUGCCCCCCCCUUUGGUGAGGCUUCGGCCCACUUCAGGGGGAAAGAUUCGUUUGAUUUGCUCAAAAGAUGCUUUCCUGUUUUGAUGAUGGGCUGAAUUUAUCUAAAUUAAGCUGAAGCAUCUGAAUCUGCCAAAUAAAUGUGCUUGUGACGCCACAUGUAUCAAUUUUAAUAUCAAUUUGUGCUAUUCAGACUGUCACAAAGUCAGCAAAGACCUCUGGGGAAAAUAUCACAGAGCUCCAACUAGCUACAGGAAGGUAUUCUUGGGGGUCUCUAGAGUAGCAAAGGGGUGAGUGGUCUUUCUGUUUCUCAACUGUAUUUUGUGUCUAUUUAUUUAGAAGAGGGGACGCAGUAACUUAGUGAUGUUUUUCUUACCUUUUCCUGGAAUGGUAGAACAAAUCAAAAGGUAAAAACGAUCAAAUAGUUUUGUCGACAGCAACGUCGACAGAAAAAAAAAAACUUUAAAAAAAAUAUACAAAAUCUCAUACUUCCAAACAUGACCAAAUGAACAAUGUCAAAUUUAAACAAAGAUAAAAAAUAAACCGUUCAGUUUAGACUAGGAUAUUUAUUACUGGGAUUUCAGCUGAAGACGCUUGAAGACUUUUUUCAUGGAAUUGUUUAAUUAUUUGUACUUUACAUGCCAGAAAAAAAUAAAAUGAAAGUUACAAAUAAAA